UUUCGGUUGGAGACUGAAAUCUGUCUGAUCAGCGGAGCGCACAUUCCCUUAAUACCAUCUAAUAUCUCACAGGACUUUCUUCCCCUAGUCUGUGCUCGGAGCCUACAUCUAGCUUCAAGUGUCGUCGGGUUUGGACUCUAACUUUUCGACGUCUGUGGCAGAAGGAAACGGCAAAGAAUGACGAGCAAUUCAAAGCGGAAAGAAGAAAGUCAGCAGCUGAAUGGAGGAGUAAAGCAGCCCACAUGGAGCAAAGCCUUCAACAGCACCGCAGUCUGGGAGGAGAAGGACGAGUUUUUAGAUGUGAUUUACUGGCUUCGGCAAAUAAUUGCAGUAAUCCUCGGUGUGAUUUGGGGCGUUGCACCGUUGAAAGGAUUCCUGGGAAUAGCCAUAUUCUGCAUCAUCAACGCUGGCGUCCUGUACGUGUACUUCAGCAGCUUUCAGCAGAUCGAUGAGGAAGAGUACGGUGGCACGUGGGAACUCACCAAAGAAGGCUUCAUGACGUCUUUUGCUCUGUUUCUGGUGGUGUGGAUAAUCUUUUACACAGCUCUACAUUUUGACUGAGAGGAAUCCACAGGACACUAAAUACGAACAUUUCUGUUGAAGUAAAUUGUCAAGACGGAGGGAGGAACUCCACGGCUCGAGGGGUGUCAACGCUCCUACAUACAGUAUGACUUUUCAGUGUGCAGUGCAUCAUGGGAGUUGUAGUUCGAUUAACAAGAUCCUGCAAGACCACCAUGAUGAUCAAAUAAUGUACAUCUGUCUGAUUUGGGGGGAGGGGUUUCCUUUUUAAGGCACACUCCAUUACACUUCCCACCUGUUUAUAAUACCUUCCUCACUUCAUCAUCAUCAUCAUCAUCAUCAUCAUCAUCAUCUCUGAUAAAACACUAACCAAAAUGUUCAGCUGAGAUUGGCUGCAGUUCUAUUCGCGAUUGGAAAAGUAGCUCGAUGUAAAACUGAAUAGGGAUUCAUUUAGUAGUUGUUGGUUUUCUCCAGGGCCUUUCUUCUGUUUUAGAAGAGUGACAUCAAUGCAGAUUUUAGACUGUUAAGAUAACAACCAGUUGUGUUUUCAUCCUAGUUUACUGCUCACUUAAGUAACAGUGUUGUCAUCUAGUUAUUAGGGUUCAAUCAGUCCGUAUGUGUGAAGUGUAAAGUGUCCUUUUUUAUUUAGGGACAAAACGCACCAUAUUGGAUGUACAACACUACCAGUAAAGGAUUGUUCAUGUGGCUUCACUGUUAACUCACACCUUUUAAAUUUCACUCCAAAAUGAUAUGUUCACAUAUAACACUUUUUAGGAAAACAACUUGGUCUGACAAAUUGUUAUAAUUAGCAAAAGAGUUGGUUAGAAAGCGGCAUCACAGUAAAUAGGUUGUCAUUAACCCUUUGAUGCACAACAUAUGGACACAACAUGGGUCAAAAAUGAAUUCCCUAUGUUAUUUCAGUCUGGUUGUGUGUUUCUUUGCUCUAUCUUUUGAAAUCAAUUUAUUUUAUGAUUGAAUAGUCCUUUGAAUACCUUGUUUUUGAUUACAGCAGAUGAUUAUGUGAAAAAAUGUUGAUUUGUGCUAAACAAAAACAAGAUAUGUACUGAAUACUUGGACUAAUAAAUGAUAAAAUACAUUUAUUCCAAAGAUGUAUAAUAGAAACACUCAGCCACACAUGAAAUAACAUUGAAAAUGGAUAAAAAGUGUAAUUUUUGACCCAUGUUGUGCAUUAGAAGAGUAGUUUUAUUCGAAAAAGUAAGAAAUGAAAACAAAAAAAUAGGAUGUAUGAUGAUCAAAAACAAGUUGAUUGAGGAAAACCUGGAAUACUGAAUGAUGAAAUUAAUUUAUUGUGGAGAUAUAGAACAUAAAAACUCAGUCGGGUCACUUUAGACCCAUGUUGUGCAUCAAAGGGUUAAAGAUAUGUGUCAGUGGUUUUAAGGGUGAUGUCAUCUGUUUUUGAGAAAUAUUGAGAGAGGACUUGGAGCUUCCAUGUUUUUUUUUCGUGUGUGUGUUUUUUUUGCUCACUGGAUACAAACAUUGCAAUUUGAAUAAAGUUUGUCAUUUGUUGUUUCUUCUAAAAAAGGAUCUGGUGCCCAACAAAUGUUAAAGGUUGCAGCCAACACAGCUGAAAUCUCACUUGUGCUAAUUUUAACAUCAAAAACAAAAUGCUGGCUGGCUGGUUGGUAAGAUACACAUAUCAGCUGAUAUCCAAUCCCGAUGACAGUAUCUGCCAGUAGUAUCAAUGCGCUGUUACUUCAGUCAGGAACUAAUCACCAUCUAAUUUAUCUGUCCAUCCAAAUGUCCUCAGAGCAAAGGGAGGAAACGUGCAUGCCGUUUUCAGAUGCAAAUGUUCACAGAUUUAACCUAAAAACGUGUCUGUGCACUGCCAUGACUCGCUGUUCGUAUAUUUAGAUGUCAUUUAUUAAUGGCAUUAGUUUUUGGAGGAUAGAACUAAUUUAAAUUUAUUAUUUUCUUCUCACAUGUAGCUUCCAGAUCAAAGUCUUACCUGUUUUUGUUUUGAAAUUAAUUUAAACUUGUGUGUAAAUUCUGUAAAAUGUCCCUUUUUUUGUCAAAUCCGCAUUGUAUUACACAGAUUUAUUUGUACUUAUGUUAUGUCUUGUUUGAUGUAACAUAUUUCUCAGUAUUUUAUAGUGAAGAACUUUUGAAAACAGUUCUUACAAAGUUAUUGUAAUGAUACUGUUAUAUUAGAUACACAGCUGGUGUUUGAAAGGAUUGUAUUUUCUGAUCAAAUCUUUUGGGAAUCAUUAAACAUGGGCUUUAUUUGGCCUCCAUUUUCAAAGAGA